GCACCGCGAUUCAGGCGAUUACAGCUGAACUCUACAUCCAGCUGUCAGUACACUGUUCUCUCUCUUCCAACGUGGCACCAUCUUGCUAGCGUUCAUAUUUAUUACGUGCCUCGACACGUCACCAUCAUCCCAACCAAAAGUUCAUUUUAUAAAAACCCGAACCUCGGAUUUAUUUCUGCCACGUAGGCUCGGACAUCCGUUUGUCAAUCCGAACCUCCCCUAAUAAAACCUCGUCCACCCCAAUAAUGAAUUACUAAUCCGUUUGUCAAUCCUUCCCUAAAUUUCCACCCCAAUAAUGAAUUACUAAUUCAUUUACACAGGCAGAGAAGAUACAGCCAUUUUUUGAUUUUUUUUCCACCUUCUCCCAGAAGCUACACAAGCCCAAAUUUCCACUUGAAAUCUUGAUACUCUCUCUCUCUCUCUCUCUAUCUUGAGUUUCUUUCAUGUGAAGCCACUCUUUCUUUUUCAUCAACCACUGUGUCUGUAUUUACACUUCUCUGCAACUUUUGAUGCUGUCACGGAAAAGCACUUUCGCCACUCCUUUAUAACCCUCCGUCUCCUCCUUUGUGCUGGGGCAGCGCAAAUUCAUCAUCCAACUCCCAAGAAAUGAAGCAUUUCUCGACGAAUUCCUGCGCUUACGGCGUCGUGUUGCUGCUAUCCCAUAUGAUCGCGGCGGCGCAUUCCAUGCUCCACCCCGUCGAUUUCCUCGCCCUGCAAUCGAUUCGGAAGAGCUUGAACGAUUUGCACGGCUCCAAUUACUUCGCCUCUUGGGAUUUCACGUCAGACCCCUGCAAUUUCGCCGGCGUUUACUGCGACGGAGAUAGAGUGAUCGCCCUCAACCUCGGCGAUCCCCGGGCCGGAUCCCCCGGUCUCACGGGUCGGGUCGACCCGGCUAUCGGCAAGCUCUCCGCCCUAGCCGAGUUCACCAUCGUUCCGGGUCGGGUCUUCGGGGCACUACCUCACACUCUCUCCCAGCUAAAAAACUUGCGUUUUCUAGCAAUCAGCCGGAAUUUCAUAUCCGGUGAAAUCCCGGCAGGUUUGGGGCAGCUCCGCGCGCUACAGACGCUUGAUUUGAGCUUCAACCAGCUCACCGGAAGCAUCCCUUUCUCCGUCGGAGCUUUGCCGUCUCUCUCCAACGUCAUCCUCUGCCACAACCGGCUCGCCGGUUCGGUUCCGCGGUUCACUUCCCGAGCCCUAACCCGGCUCGAUUUGAAGCAUAACGAUCUCUCCGGGUCCCUCUCGCCGGUCGGACUGCCGCCGUCCCUCCAGUACCUGUCACUGUCGUGGAACCGGAUCACCGGCCCGGUGGACCGGAUUCUAUACGGAUUGAACCGUCUGAGCUAUGUAGACCUGAGCUCGAACCGGUUCAGCGGCUGCAUCCCUGGCAAAGUGUUCAGUUUCCCGAUCAGCAAUCUCCAGCUCCAGAGAAAUGACUUAUCUGGUCCGGUCCAGCCUGUGGAUCAAGUGAGAAUCCCCACCGUGGAUCUCAGCUUCAACCGGCUCUCCGGGGGAAUAUCACCGCUUCUGUCAACGGUUCAGAAUCUAUAUCUGAAUAAUAACCGGUUCACGGGUGAGGUGCCGGUCAGCUUCGUGGAGCGGCUGUUAUCGGGGAGCAUAGAAAUUCUUUAUUUACAGCAUAAUUAUCUGACCGGGAUCAGGAUUAAUCCAAGGGAGGAGAUUCCGGUGAGCACCUCUCUAUGCCUACAGUACAACUGCAUGGUGCUGCCCAUACAGACGCCCUGCCCGUUGAAGGCUGGGAGGCAGAAAACAAGGCCCACCUCGCAAUGCAUUCAAUGGAAAGGGUAACAACUAACAUGGGGGGGGGGGGAUUCCACUUUUUUUGUUAAGACUAAUUUUGUGGAUUAUUAUUUGAUCAUUUUUGGGGAUUACGCUAAGCUUAUUUGUAAUUAAAACACUUAUUAAUACUUAUAUAGCUUUAUUUCAUUUUCUUAUUGAAUAUACUAUUGCUUUGCCCCUCAAAUCAUUUGUUUUCUUGCUUUUACAGAAGAAGACGUUGUAAAUUGUCA